UGUAGUGUCUUCGAUGCUGCACGCUGUGCUGCGUUAGCACGUACUUAAACCAAAGUGACACAUGAUGGCAGAUGUGGAUGCAUCUUCUAACCAUUCCCAGGAUAAAAAUGAUGAUGAGGAUGAUCAUGAGCCAGAAGAUGAUGGGCCAUACCUUGGUCGUGACCUCCAUGAAGGGAUUCAAGCUUUGUACCAUGAAAAAAGUUUAACUGAUGUUACUAUAGUGGUAGAUUCAGAAAAGUUUCCAUGUCAUCGACUGGUUCUAGCCUCACUGUCACCAUUUUUCAGAAGCAUGUUUACAAGUGAAUUUAAAGAAAAGUCUCAAGAUGAGGUUGAAUUGAAAUGUGUCAAUGCAGCAACUUUCAAAUGCAUACUCGACUACAUAUAUGCCUUUGAUGAAGUGAUUGAUAAUGAUAAUGUACAGGAGUUGCUUAAAUCAGCAUGCAUGUUAGGGAUAGGGUCACUUCAGUAUGAUUGUGAGAACUUUAUCAUUGACAAACUCACCUUCGAAGACUGUGCUUCAACACUCAAAUUUGCAAAAGCACAUUCAUGUAAGAAACUGGCAGACUCUUGUCUAGAAAAACUAGGUGAAAAGUUUGAUAAGUUCAGUGCAUCAGAGGAUUUUUUAGACCUAGACAAGGAAGAUGUGAUAGAAAUGAUGAAAAUGGAAAUUCUGACUACUUCUGCAGAAGAGAACACAGUUGAAGCAGUUAUGAAAUGGGUGACUUACAAAAGUGAAGAACGCCAAGUUGGUGCUGUUUUGUAUGAUGUGUUAGAAUAUGUGAAGUUUCCACUGAUGCAGGCUGAGUACCUGUUUGAGUUGACCGAGUGUUAUCCCAUCCUCUGUGAAAAUAGUCAUGUUCGAAGUUUAUUAGAUGAGGCCAAGCUUUAUCACUGUAAUGGAGUUCGUCGUCAUGAGAUUUCAUCACAUCGGACACAUUACAGGAAAAAGAGCAAGCUCACAAAUAUCAUGUUCAGUGUUAAGUGUGACAAUACACCCUCUCUAUAUGCAUACAGUUUCCAGGAAGAAAAUUGGGGGUUCCAGCGUUUUACAAGUCCAACAGCAUAUGGCUUAGGUACUGCAUCUUGUAUCUAUGGUAAUGAUUUGUAUGUACAUGGUGGGGUUGCAAACUCCCGUGGACAACUACAAAAAUUCAUUUCACAGACCAACAAUUGGGUGAAAUGUCCAUCAUCUGGAAAGCGCAUGUAUAACCAUGCAUUGGUCUGUGUGAGACAGUGUUUAUAUGCUAUUGGUGGCUGCGAGGUUGAACACAACCGGGUGAUGUCAGGGAUUAUGGAGUUUGAUGUCACUAGCGAGUCAUGGGCACCAGUUACGAAAGCAGCUCUCCCAUGUGCAGUACAUACUUUUAGUGCAACAGCUAUUGAUAGAAAAGUCUACAUUUUUGGGGGAAAGACCAGAGAAGAUAGUGCUUCCUUAAAAAUCCAGUGUUUUGACACAGUUUCCAGACAAACAACAGUCUUUGGUGACCUACCUGUUCCUGUUGCUUUGAGUGGUGCUAUUACUGUGGACAAGACAGUGUACCUUGCAUCUGGGGCAGGAGAAAUAAUCCAAUGGACACCAAGAGAUGGAGGAUUGAUUAUCAAGUCUGUGCUGAAGAAGGAAAGGUCUAAAGAACGAGGUACUCAGUUGGUGUACCACAACAAAAAGUUGGUAGUCUUCUCUGCUUUUGAUUAUGAGGAUUAUGAACUCUUGCCAAUUUCUGAAAAUUGUCUUGUAGAUUUGGAAUCAGGAAAUAUUGAACAUCCCUGGAUGAACUUUCCUGAGCUGUCCACUUGGGGUCGGGCAGACCGAUGUAGAAUGCAUUUGUGUAUAGCCCCGAGAUCCUACUUCAUGUCACAUCUGGAUGACCCUAACCCAGAUGAUGAAAGCAAUGACGAAAAUGGAGAUGAAGAUCAGAGUUAAAAUUUUGAUGUUAUUCAGAGUACAUUGUUUUACUCAACCAUCCCACCAUUUUCCUCUCUUAACUAAUGAAAUACUUAUAAAUGCAAAUUCCAGGAUUUAACACAAUUUUUGUGUCGAUAAUUAAAAAUUGAAUAUUUGAGAAAGACAAUUAUUGAAUUAACUUUGAAGCCAAUGAUAGGCAUGUCUGUAUAAAUGUCAGUUGGCAAAUUAAAAGGACAAGUAUUGAUUCUUAGCCGUGUCCAGCCAGUAUCAUUAAUGAAAGUCACCCUGUCUGCUGCUGACAACAAAGGGAAAUAAAUGUAUAAUGUUUAUCAACUUAGUAUAUCAGAAAAGAUGUAAUUAAUUUGGAGUAUUUACAUCAUCGGCCCUGCAUUGCACUGGAAAUCAUUAAACCUGCAAUCUGAACAUCCCUAGAAAUGGGAUUUGAAGUUAAAUGAGUCGCUAGUAAUCUGGAAAUUUAAAUGUGGUAUCUGAAAAAUCUUUACUGAAAGCACAGUCUAGUCCAGUGUAAUUUGACAUCUGAAGCACAGAAGAUGUGAAACUUUAAAUAAAGCCAUUCGAUUAGGUAUAUAUCUACACAAUAUAAUUAUAUGUCAUGGUACUAAAUAGCAUGAAAAUUCAGACAGCAACUGCAGGCAAGUAACAGGACAGUUAAGGGACAGGCAACUCAGUCUGAUAGAUAUAGUUGGCUUAUAUAAACAUACAAUAUACCUACAGGUUUAUUACUUUUGGAAACUUUCUAACCAAUAAUCAAAUUGUCCAUAUUGAUGCUAGUUCAUUAAAUUUAAUCACACAUCAUUGAAAUUAUUGAUGUCAAGUGUGAGAUCAACCAAAAUAUUUCUUGUGUCACAUAUAUAUAAAGGUAUUACAUUAUAUAUGUAUGGUCAUUCAUAUAUUUUUAUGUGAAAUAGGAGAGAGGUACUUUCUUUCAGAUUUGUUACUGAAUCAGUCUGAAGGAUUUUCUUGAAUAAA